UGAAUAGAAAGAAAGCUCCCAGGGCUUCUCUGGUCUAGUUUGGACUCAUUCCCAUAAAUAGUGGCGUUUUAUAAGUCACUUUUAUUUUUUUGGACCGGAAAAAAAACAACAAAAAAACUGAGAUGGAGUUGUUGUUUUUUUUCUUGCUGGCUGUCACAUCUGUGUCUGGCUGUGGCUUGUCCAAUUACUGGUCCAGCACCAGUCGAGUGGUAAAUGGGGAAGAGGCUCGUCCGUACAGCUGGCCAUGGCAGGUUUCCUUGGAGUCGUUUUACCCCACUUGUGGAGGAACACUUGUUGCUCCGAACUGGGUCUUGACAGCUGCACACUGUAUUACAUUCCACACAUACAGAGUGGUGCUUGCUGAACAUGAUAUGGACAAAGAAGAGGGACCUGAACAGUCCAUCAUGGUGGCAAAAAUGUUCAUCCAUCCCAAAUGGAACGAUAACUGUGCGUCUUGUGGAAAUGAUAUUGCCCUGCUCAAACUGGAAAGAAGCGCCGACCUCGGUGACAAGGUUCAGCCGGCCUGCCUGCCAGCGCCCGCUUCCUCUCUGGCCCACGGCCAGCCCUGCUACAUCACAGGCUGGGGGCGUCUUUACUCCGGUGGUCCCCGGGCGACACGGCUACAGCAGGCGCUGCUUCCUGUGGUGGGUCACAGCGUCUGCAGCCAAAGUGACUGGUGGGGUAGCUCAGCCAAGACCACGAUGGUUUGUGCAGGAGGAGAGAGCAAGUCGGCAUGCCACGGUGACUCUGGGGGCCCUCUAAACUGUAAGGGCCAGGACAACAGAUGGUACGUGGAGGGAGUGACGAGCUUUGUCGAUGGCCGUGGAUGCAAUACGCCUAAAAGGCCCACCGUUUUCACCCGGGUGGCCUCUUUUAUCCCCUGGAUCAGUGAGGUGAGGGAAUCCACUAAAAGCUAUUAUAUUACAUCUUGGUACAUGCAAAGUUGAAGAUGUCUGCAGUUUUUUUCCUCCCCAUCACACGUUUUAAAUCAUGAAACACGUGUUGAUAUCAAGGACAACCUGAAUAAAGAAUACAGUUUUUAAAAGAUAACAUUCUUUCAUUGAGGGGGGAAAAAAAGCUAUCCUUUUUGUCUGAUAUUGACAUUUUCUUUGGACAUUCUUGUGUAACACAAAGCCCAGACAUAAGUAAUAUAUACGGAAGGCAAAAAACGUUUUCAUGACAAUGUGCUUAAGUGUGUUUUUUGUAUUUUCUUUGCAGACCAUGGCUCAA